ACUCCCUCCUGUAACACACGGGCCCCAAAAUGGAAACCGAAAGCCAGGACUAGCUCUGAGUGACGUUUCAAGAAAAGGGGCGUGGCCGCCGAGGGAUUUGCCGUUGUCAGACGGUUGUGUCUCCGGUGAACAGAGCUCUGCGCGUCACUUUUUGAACCUCCUCAGGUGACAUGGAGACUGUCUGUAAGACCUACAAUACAAGGCAGAAAAGAAAAUUGCUUGAACCAGACCCGAAAUCCCGAGUGGACUGGAAACGUACUAAGAAAGACAGCAUCUCCAAUAUCGUGGAUUCUGAUGAGUCCUUGACUUCAGAGGAGGAAGAACCGGAGGAAACGAGCGAGGAAAGUGAUGACAGCUGCCCCACCGAUGAGUCAGAAGACCAGCCGGAUGAAGAAGACUGUGAAGAAGGCCGAAUCAGAAAACCCAGACUGAAGAGCAGAUCUGCCGUGAUAGCCAGUGAGAGCAGCUCCGACAGUGAUGGACCCGGCGAAAAAGGAAAUGUCAAACGGACCUGUGUUAUUAAUGAGGAUGACAGCGAUGAAGCUGCAGAGGCAUCAGGAGCUGAGGAGACCAAGGCUCACGUCAAGAAACAAAAGAGAUUGGAGGCACUUGAACAGCUUGCUAAGAGACGAAGGUCCCGAAACCGGACCACCAGCCGUGAGGCCCCUGAGGAAAGUCCAGAUGAUACAUACACACCCCUGACCCCAGAGACACUGGGCGAGAGCGAGGACAGUGACGACAUGUCGGCCUUCAUUGUAGAUGAUGAAGAGGAGAAUAUAGAUGGGGAGGCUGGAGACCUAGAACCAGGCUAUAAGGAACUCUUCAGGAAGCAUCACCUUUCUCUGUCCACCCCCCAGGACUUGUCCUCCCAUCUUCAGAAAGUGAUUAAGGCUUUCCUCAUUAACAUCAUCGAUAAGAAGUUUCUGACAACACUAUACCAAGGUGAAAGGAAAAAGACAUACGCUAAAGAUAUGCUGAGAUCGCUGAAUUAUUUGGACGAACGUAUCGUAGUCCCACGUCUGGAGAAACUCACCACAAGCUGUCGAUGGAGUAAAAGAUACAAAGAGAGGAUAAACUGCUAUCCCAACCUUGAUGUGAAGCGCAUCCCGGCCGAGAAGAUGUCCUGCGAAGCAUGUGACUUGCGCCGUUAUUGUGCGUACCUGGUGACCUUAUCAGGACAAGAGUACGAUAACGAGACGCUAGAAAAUGAGGACUUCAUGCCGGACGAUAAGCAGAUACUAGUGAUGGGCACUACCUGCGUCGGUCGUAGUGAAGUUUAUCACCAGCUCAGACAUUACAAGUAUUGCCUGUACCAGCGCUGUAUUCCUUUUAUUGACGAGACAAAGGAAGAGUCCGCAAAUGAAAUUGUAGAGUUGGCUUUAUCGAAGAUGGAAGAGGAGGACUUUCUGAGACUGGUACGAGCCUUUGAAUUUCAAAAUGACAGCCUGACUUGGACAGAGGAGAGGUUCUACUUCACUUUUACCACGUCUGCUUUUUUCUAUGUUGUGUAUUACCUGCAGAUGUGUCAUUUGGGCUGGAGGGGACAGGAUAAGCUUAAAGGG